GAUUUGUGGCUUUUCUGAUUACAUUUGUCAGGUUUACGCUACACAAACGUACAUAUACGUACGUUUUAAAAACAACAAGAACAACAUGAACAGAAAAGCAAAGGAAGCUAAUACAAAUUUCGCUCUGUCCGCCCGGAGACCUGCUCGCGCUUGCGCAGUGUGCAGGAAGUCGCGUCGAGCGUAGAUCUCCAAACCAUUCCCCUCUACUGCUGGAGUGUCCGCUCGCAAUCUGUUGCGAGAAACUUCACCAGCAGGAAGCAUGCAAGCUGAGGCCACAGACACCUCACUGAAAGAGGGCAUAGAGGUUCUGAACAUGAAGGACUCAGAGGAAGCUGCUGAGGGCAAAGAGGACGAGGACAGCACGAAGCAACCGGAUACGGAGAUGGCAGAGGAGGACGACGCAACAGCCAAGGAGGAUACAGAUGGGAACACAGAUGCAGUGGGAGGAGAGGCGGAGCAGGAUGAAUCUCAGGCAGACACAGGGGUGGAGGCUGAAGAUGGAAAACAGAAAGCCGAAGAGGCGGACGGUGACUGGGAGCUUCCGUACAGCGACGAGGAAAUGGAGGACCCCAAAAACUGGAUGCCUCCUCCCGCAGAGAUCAAAAGACUCUAUGAGCUCCUCGCUAAAGGAGAUAUGCUGGAAUUGAACUUUGUGCCCCUUCCUAGAAGGCCCCCCACGCCUGAACAGACCUCUUCGCCCGAAAGAGACGAAGAGGAGGAGGCAGCCAAGGAACGGGAGAGGCAGGAGAGGGAACGCAAGCCUCCAACUCCAACUGAGUUUGACUUUGAUGAGGAGCAAAUGCAAACGACUCCAAAAAAUGCCUUCCUAAGCCGGCGCAGGACUCCUGGAUCUUCUGCCCGCUCCUCUGUUAAAAGGGAAGCUCGGCUGGACAAAGUAUUGUCAGACAUGAAGCGCCACCGCAAGAUUGAGGAGCACAUCAUGCGCACAGGAAGAGAUCUCUUCAAGAGUGACAAGAAGCUGGAGGAAGCCCUUUCUCCAAACAGCCAGAGGGAGCGGGAGAAGGAGAGGGAACGGGACAGCAACCCCAACACCAUCUUCUCACCACGACAGAGGAGAUACUGAUGGUUUCUUUUGAGACAAGGACUUGCCCAAAGGCAUCUAAAGCCAAGCAUUUCCCUGAGGCUUUCUAAAAAACUUGAAUUUUUUUUAAUGUAACAAGUUUUGUAUGUUUUAUGUGUUUUGUAUGAUGGCAAUAAAAAUUUUAACCCUGGAGGACGUCCC